UCUGCAAUUCCCUCUUUUCAAAAGGUUGCAGAUUUUGUCUUUCUUGUCUAUUUUUUCCUCUUUCCCGUCAUUGUAUAGAUCUGGGUAGAGCCUCUUCGGGAUUUGCUUUUCUGUUGUCAUAUCGUAAUUUAUUUCUUCGUAGGUAUGCUGCUUUAUUGCCUCAUAUGUAGUAUCAAUGAGUAUCUCUGCAUCCAUACUUUUAUCUUGUUCUUUGUUUUCCUUAUUUUUUUCUGUCAUUUCAUUUUUGUUUACUUCUCUUCCGUUUUCCUUUUUCUUUCUUCUUUUUCUUCUUCUUCUUCCUCUUCCUCUUCUUCUUCAUCCUCAACUAUUUCCUCCUCCUCCUUCUCCUCCUCCUCCUCCUCCUCCUCCUCUUCCUCCUCGUCCUCCUUUUCCUCCUCGUCCUCCUUUUCCUCCUCCUCCUCCUCUUCCUUCUCGUUCUCCUCUUCCUCCUCCUCGUCCUCCUCCUCUUCCUCCUCGUCCUCCUUUUCCUCCUCCUCGUCCUCCUUUUCCUCCUCGUCCUCCUCUAGUCCCUCAUCGUCCUUCUUCUCCUCUUCUCCUCGUUCCUCCUCCUCGUCCUCCUCGUCCUCCUCCUCGUCCUUCUCUCUCCUCUGUUCCUCCUCUCCGUCCUCCUCCUCCUCGUCCUCUUCCUCGUCCUCCAGUUCCUCCUCUUCCUCCUCCUCGUCCUCCUCCUCUUCCUCCUCGUCCUCUUCCUCCUCUUCCUCCUCCUCCUCCUCCUCCUCGUUCUCCUCUUCCCCCUCUUCCUCCUUCUCGUCCUCAUUCUCCUCGUCCGCCUCUCCCUCCUCCUCGUCCUCUUCCUCGUCCUCCUCUUUGUCCUCUACCUCCUCCUGUCCCUCAGUGAAAAAGCAGCCGGGGCCAAUUUGCGAAAUGAGACGGCACUGUGUUUACAGUACAAAUAUUUUCGGUGCUACUGCAGGAAGCAAUUUCAGAUAG